GGCCGAUCCUUCUGAAAACAAAGCAGAAUUUUUAAAGUGAAUUUCUCGCAAAAUUUCAAAUAAAAUUACACUUCUUAUAAAUAACUCUAAAUUAUUUACAUAAAUGGCAAACGAUGGUGCUAUCAUUAACAUGUCAUGUUCGCCAGAAAUAUUCAUCACACCUCUUGGAGCUGGGCAAGAUGUUGGUAGGAGCUGCAUACUGUUAACCAUAGGUGGAAAAAACAUUAUGUUAGACUGUGGCAUGCACAUGGGUUUUAAUGAUAGCAGGCGUUUUCCAGACUUCACAUACAUCAAUAAAAAUGGUCCCCUAACUGACCAUUUGGACUGUGUCAUCAUCAGUCACUUUCAUCUUGACCAUUGUGGAGCCCUGCCUUACAUGUCAGAGAUGGUGGGGUAUGAUGGGCCCAUAUAUAUGACCCACCCAACUAAGGCCAUAUGCCCUGUACUUUUGGAAGAUUACAGGAAGAUAACAGUCGAAAGGAAGGGUGAGCUGAAUUUUUUCACAUCUGAAAUGAUCAAGAUGUGCAUGAAGAAAGUAGUUGUCGUCAACUUACAUGAAAUCAUCUCCGUGGAUGAUGACCUGAAGAUCAAAGCCUACUAUGCCGGGCACGUAUUGGGCGCAGCCAUGUUUCACAUCAAAGUUGGAGAACUUUCCGUCGUUUAUACGGGGGACUACAACAUGACCCCAGACCGCCAUCUUGGGGCCGCCCGCAUCGACAAAUGUCGACCCAACGUCCUAAUUACCGAAUCGACGUACGCCACGACGAUUAGGGAUUCGAAAAGAUGUCGAGAGAGGGAUUUUCUGAAAAAAAUUCACAGCACUAUCGAGAGGGGUGGAAAAGUACUGAUUCCAGUCUUUGCACUGGGCAGGGCACAGGAACUAUGCAUCCUCCUUGAAACCUAUUGGGAUCAGAAAAAUUUGAAAACCCCAAUUUACUUCUCUCUUGGUCUUACUGAUAAAGCAACGAACUUUUAUAAACUGUUCAUCACGUGGACGAACGAGAAAAUUAAGAACGCGUUUGUAGAGAGAAACAUGUUUGACUUCAAACAUAUCAUGCCGUUUGACCGGAAAUACAUCGACCUUCCCGAUCCCAUGGUGGUGUUUGCCACCCCAGGAAUGUUACACGGUGGUCUGUCUCUGCAGAUAUUUAAAAAGUGGUGCACCAAUGAAAAUAAUAUGAUAAUAAUGCCAGGUUAUUGUGUUUCUGGAACUCUUGGUUGGAAGUUGCUGAAUGGGCAGAAAAAAAUCGAACUGGAAAAUAGACAAAUUCUUGAUGUGAAGAUGUCAGUUCAGUACAUGUCCUUCAGUGCACACGCCGACGCAAAAGGCAUAAUGCAGUUGAUCAAGCAGUGCUGUCCGGAAAAUGUUGUGCUGGUGCAUGGCGAGGCGGGAAAGAUGGAGUUCCUGACCAAAAAAAUCAACAAAGAAUUUGGUAUCCAAUGUUUCAUGCCCGCCAAUGGAAAACGACUCCGUUUGAAAGUUUAUUCUGAUCUACAAUUCGAUGUUCCAAAUUCUUUCAUUGAUAAGAUUUUUGCAAAAAACUCAAAUGACAAAGAUAGCCUCGUAAAGAACAAUAAAUGGUCGAGUGUGGAGGCAGCUCUGAUCUUUAAUGAAAAUUCAGUGAAGUUAGUUGGUAUGAAUGAAGUGUCGCGUGAGUUGGGCCUGCCAGAGUACAGGAUACGUACCGUGCACACUAUCGACGUAGAUUCCAACAAUGUACCCUUGCAAGACCUAGAGAAGCUUUUACUCGAGUUUUUAAAAUUAGAAUAUAAAGUAUUUACAAGCUCUCCUGGCAACAUUCGCAUAGGGAAUGCCGUUUUCAUUAAAAUCGUUAACGUGUUAGACAAAUUUAAAAAGGUCUCCAGCAAACAGCUAACAAUCAGUUUUGACACAAAGAACGAUCACAUUGGAAUGCCCUUGCUGAAUCAAUUGACUGAAAAGUUUGGCUAUCCAGAUGAAGUUAUACCUAAUGCUUUUCCCAGGACGACAUGAUAUGAUAAUAUAUAGUAUUUAUUUUCUAUUUGUAUGAACAGUUUCUAUAGAAAUUUGAGGUGUGAGUUAGUAGCUAUUUAAGGGCUGAAUGUGUGUGUUUGAUGGAUGUAUAGCAUUUCUUUAGCCGAUGGCUUGUUCCAUUGUAAUUGAUGCUUGCUGCACCUUUUUUAACAUUUGUGAAAAACAUGCAUAUUAAAUUUGCACUGGUAACGUUUUAUUACUAACUACACCAAUCAAAUUACGUGUUCUUAAUAUUUGUUACUACUUUUUACUUUUAAAUUUUUAAAAGGGCAUUCGAUGAAAUUCCUCGUUUCGAUAAAAGUAUUUAAGCUUGAGGUUAUUUAGAUAGAGUCAUACAUUACCACAACAUCAUAGAUAGUUCUUUGUUCGUUCCAAAUGAAUAGUUAACAUUCAAAAUGAAUAACUUACAACAAUUUAUGAUAACAAAAGUUAACGAGCUGUUAAAAUUGGAUCUCAAAAUAAAGAACAACUUGGUGAGAUAUUACAAAGCUUUAAAAAGAAAGCCAAUUAAUGUUUUCACACUGCAAGAAGCUGCCAACCUUAGUAAGAAUAAAGUUAAUAAAAAACAGUCAGUUGAUCCUUUUGGUGUUAAACACAAACCACCUGAAAUCAAAUUUCCAAACAAAAAAUCAGCUCACAAGUAUGAAGAUAACAUCAAAGUUACUUAUGAACAUUUGAAGAAUGAUGAUGAAAGAUUUGGGCCUGUUGUCAAUGAAUUAAAGCUGAGAAAACGAAAAUCUUCACUCAUUUUAUUGGAGGGAGUAAGGUUGAUAACUGAAGCCAUUAAUCAGAAAGUCAAAAUCACCAGCCUCUUUUUCACAGAUUCCAACAUUUUAAAGAAACUACCAUGCAACAAAAUUGUAAAUCUGCAAGAAUGCAAAAUUUUUAAAGUUUCAGAAAAACAAAUGAAGUUAUGGUCAGAAACAAAAGGGCCUUCAGGCUCAUUAGCUAUUGCAAGACUGCCAACCUUUCCAAAUGUUUCUUCAUCUACAUCCUCUCUUCUUCCAGUGACACUAGUCAUUGAUGAAUUGAAUGAUGAAGGACAGCUUGGUACCCUGCUGAGAUCUGCUGUUGCAUCUCGUGUCCAACGAAUUCUCAUUAUUCAAGAUUCCGUUGAUCCUUGGUCUGCAAAAGUGCUCAGAGCAGGAAUGGGAGCUCAUUUUCACCAACCAAUACAUUCAACUCAAUGGGAGAACAUUCACUCCUACAUCAAG